UUCUUUUAAUCAUACAGACUGUGGAGUCGAGAACCAGUUUGAGCGAAGAAUAAUUCCAGGCGCGCGCUAUUGGCUCCCCGUCCUCAUCUGUCAAUCUGCGGAGGCGGGACUCUGCCUGCUCGCGCUCCCAGGAGGCGAUAGAUGCGCGAGCUGUACUUUUCUACUGUGUUGGAGCGCUUCGCACUUCUCGAGCUCAGUCCGAGCGUCAAUUGAACGGCGUGCGGAAAGCGCAGUGGGACUUCAACCGAGGAGAAGUUAUCGAAGGAGCCUGUAGUAUUGAUUGCAGCAGUCUGCACCUGGAUAAGCCCCAUCAUCAGCGCGCGGAGAAGCGAAAGAGCGAAGAAAGUGUGUUGACGGCAAGCGGGCAGCUGUUAUAGAAGGAAGGCAAUAUGAUGGUGAAGCAGCAUAUGCUGUUUACCCUGUACAGCAUCUGCGGGAUCGUCCUUAAAGAUAUUCUCGCCGUUUCAGUGGCGGCAACAAAAAACAAAGUGAGAGGAGCCCAAGGCCAGUUCCCUAUUGUCCAGAACAUGACUGUGACAGAAGGAGGGAUAGCCAACUUGACCUGCCGUGUGGAACACAAUGACAACACCUCCCUCCAGUGGUCAAACCCUGCACAACAGACACUCUUCUUUGGAGACAAGAAAGCGCUGAGAGAUAACCGGAUUGAGCUGGUCCGAGCCACGUCGCAGGAGCUGACGAUCAGCAUCAGCGAGGUCACGCUGGCAGACGAGGGGCUGUACACCUGCUCCCUCUUCACCAUGCCUGUCAAAACAGCCAAGGCUUUCCUCACUGUCCUGGGUGUGCCUAAGAAACCAGAAAUCAAUGGACUCACCAAGCCUGCAAUAGAGGGCGAUCACAUCACUCUGACCUGUGUGACUUCUGGCAGCAAACCUGCGGCUGAUGUCCGAUGGUUCAGAAAUGAGAAGGAGAUUAAAGGUGCCAAAGAGGUGAAUGCCAGUGGCAAGACAUUCACAGUGAAGAGUUCCCUGCGGCUCCAGGUGGACCGGCAGGAUGACGGUGUGGCCUACACUUGUAGAGUGGACCAUGUGGCCCUGACUGCCACCCACGAAGAGACCACACAGGUCUUGGAGGUCCACUAUGCUCCCAUUGUAAACAUCAUACACUCCGCAACCCUCCCACAGGAAGGGCAGUACCUGAAACUGGAAUGUGUACCUCAAGGAAACCCCUCGCCAGACCCAGUACUCUGGACUAAAGACGGAGGAGAGCUGCCAGACCUGGACCAUAUGAUUGUUGAAGGAAGAGAACUCACAUUCACGUCGCUGAACAAAACAGACAAUGGCACCUACCGCUGUGAAGCCACCAAUCACCUCGGCACCAGUCACGCUGAAUAUAAGCUGGUUAUUUAUGAUGCCCCCACCACACCGUCACCAUCCACAACCUCCCCUGCACCCACCCUCCCAGACACUACAGGUCCUUUAGACUCCAAGCAUCUCAAUUCUGCUGUCACCGGUAACAGAGAUCCUAAUGCCCAGAAAAACGUGCCAGAUCACGCUCUAAUCGGUGGAGUAGUCGCUGUUGUCGUUUUCGCCACUUUGUGCUUAAUUAUUGUAUUGGGACGCUACCUGGCACGGCAUAAAGGCACGUAUUUGACAAAUGAGGCCAAAGGAGCGGAUGACGCCCCGGACGCAGACACAGCCAUCAUCAAUGCCGACGGCAACCACGCACACGCAGAAGAAAAGAAAGAGUAUUUCAUUUAGACUGCAAGUGGCACUGCGCUCCUCUCUCUCCUCCCAUUCCUUCCCUCCUUCCCUGCACCGUGUAGGAACUUCUUCAGACAGCAGCGGAAGCUUCUUCUCACACUUCUUUUCCGUUCUGUUUGUUGUUGUUUUUGUUUUUUUCAUUUCAGUUUGGUUUUCUUUUGCCUUUUUCAAUAACAGCUCACCUGCUACUUUUUACGAGCAACUUAUUUGCUGAAGAUGUCACCUUUUGUAAUCAUUAUAUAGCUGUAAAACAUCCCCAAAGUAGUCCAAAAAUGUCUAAAUCUCCAAAUAUGAAAAAAAAAGAAAGAAAAUUGUCUGCAGCCAUCCUUCAGUAAGGACUCGCCCGUCAUCCUCUCACAGUGCCUAAAUAUACAGAUGUCCGCUGAAUUUCAGUCAAUGCCUUCAUGUUUGUCAGGCCUCUGAUUGGUUGCUUGCUUUUUAUCUUCAGCGUUAUGAUUUUUAAAAAUGUUUUGUGGUCUGUUAUUGUUUUAAUUCAUUUUUACUUUAAUUUUGGUUGUGAUUCAUGCUGAAUCCAUUUAUUGUGAUGUUUCUCCCAAAAAAAAAAAAAAAGAUGUACAGUAGUAAAAAUAUACUCAGACUUGAAGUGAGGGAGGUUCCCUUUUUAUUCUACAGAUUUUUAGGUGUUAAUAAUGUUAUCAGUACGUAGAGAUGCUCCAUUCUCCAAAUGAUCAUUACAUGAUGUGAAACUGACAGCUCACACUAUGGCUAAAAUCAGUAUUUUGUACUUGAACUGUAGAUAUUGAAUACGUAAAUGAAUAGCUCCACAGAAGGUCUCAGUGUGUUCCACCGAAAAUCACCUUGUGUUUUUAAAUUAGGAAAAGCAGUUAGGUUAACCAGCUCUGGUUACCAAAUAAACCAUAGCGGGUUAGUGAAUUAGCAACCAAGCAAAGAAAGAAAGAAGAAGCCCAGUUGUGUGUUUGUGUAGUAUGAUGAUGAUGCAUCUCCACUGCUUGGUUCUUAUGACACUUGGUUCUGCACCAGUCUGUGUGUUCCUGCACUGAUCGGCCUUCCCAUAACAACAGAUCCACGGUCGAGGUGGGAACCAUCCGUACGUCAUCCUUCAGCUGUUUACACAACCGUUGUGCCGAACACAAGAUAUCUCAUAACACAGAAAGCGAUACUUUAAAAGGAACAAAAAUAACUAGAGCGCAACUAUUUCAGUGCUCUUAAACCUUCACGUCAUUGGUCAGAUCAAUAUACAGUCCAUGAAAGAUCCCAAAAAACUUUUUAUGCAAACCCGAGCACUACACAUACGUUAUAAUAACGUUAAGAGAAUGUUGCCGGUGUGCAACAUUCUAACAGUGUCACCCAGCUGCUCAUUCCACAGCGUGAGGUUUAGGCCAAACAAAAAAUAAGCACAAAAUGACUCACAUCAACUCAUGAAUGAGGUCUAAUGCAAGAAUCAUGAGGUAAAAAUAACUAACUUUGAAUUUCAUUACCCAAACUGGACAUCAGUACACUAAAGUCAUGGAUUAUGUUAAUGGUUGGAAGUGUUUUUGAAAUGAAAGUAUCUUUUUUUUCUGUUCUUUUGUUGAUUUCUAUGAUGAAUAGACAACCUUGCUAAGGCUGUAUAAUAUAUCUGCUAAAUGUGGUAACUAGUGAAAAUUGUUGUUAGACUUUGGGAUCCCUAAAUCCAUCAAGUUUGUAUAUUAGCUGAUCUAAAUAUUGGUGGGGAAAAAAAAAACCUUUUUUUUCAUCUUAUUUGUUAUUAAAAGAUUCUUCACAACUUCAUAACCUUUGCUUUAGCUCAAGGCAUGUAUAUACUGUAUAAGUAUCACAUUUUUGGGAAAACAUUUUGAUUUUUUUUUUUUUUUUUUUUAGUUCUACUGUAAAUUAUUGAAUUUUGCUUAAUUGAAAACCACUCAAUAAGUAUGACGCAAUUGUGACAGCAAUGGGAUACUUGUUAAAACGGCAAAGCUAUGUAUUUGUUGAAUGGGAGACUUGUAGAAUUUAAAACACUUUUACCUGAUGUUUGUUUCCUGUAAAUGAUGACGAUUAUUGUUCAUACUCGGCUACCAGCAUUGCUUUCACAGUCUGUCUCCGUUCUCACGUAGUAAAGAUAUCAGUGAAGCUUAUAAAACCAAUAGAUGGUCAAGCUUUACAUUUUGAUAGUCAUAUCUCGAAAACAUCUUUUCAUUUUAGUCCUAAGCACCACAAUAACACAUAUCACUUCCAUAUACAAGUAUGUUACUCAAAUGUAAUUGUCCUGUCACAUGUAUCCCUAAUAUGUGUGAAUAUAUUAAUGGCUAGGAAUAUGGUAUCCUUUGACAGAGCCAGUGGGCUGUGUGUUAUCAGUCAGAUUACAUACUACUUAAGGCCAAACCAUUUAUCAGUGCACAAAAAAAUCAAUUUAAGCCUUAUGAAAUGAAACAUAGCCGCUCAUGUGCUGACAUGCUACUCAAGCCAUGAUUACCUUUAAUUUAUCUCUUUUCUUGCGACUUUCUCUCUCUGUGGAUUGGUUAAUGCCGUCUGUCUGGCAUAAUAACUGCUAACAAUGUUUGGUACUUGUCUGUCUGAUUGUGACAAUGACCUAAUGCUGCCUUUAUGGUCAGUAAAUCACAUGCAAUUAUCAAGAAAAUAUAUUCACUUGCUCAGAUUUUGACCCAUUACAGAACAUACUCAACCUUUCUAAGAACAAAUAAAUCAGCUUCUUUUAUCACCAUAAUUGCCUUUGUGUUUGUAGUGGGAGCUUCAUGUUGUUUUGUCACUUCAGCUCUUACGGAAUCUUGUCUAUUUGAAGACUGGUUGUUUCCUUUCCUUCAAACUUGCCUUUAUACAUUGCAUGUUAUAUUUGUCACCUCAUAUUCACGUUUUAAUGCACCAGAAUGCAUUUCAAGUUUGAUGUUUUUUGUUCAGCUAGUGAUUGCAAUGGAAUUUAUGAAGGGUUCAUAGCUAAAAAAACAGCCUAAAACUUCUGGAUAAAACCUUCAUUCAGUAAAUCAGAGACAAUUUGCCAUUUUAGUCCCCAGUUAAUUUACUUUAGCUGGUGUGGAAGGACUAGCAAGGCUGCAAGUGUUUAUUAAAAUACAGACCACUGUUCUGUUCCAAAACAUAAAGUACUUAACAUGCUCCCAGUGCAAAAUAAGCUUAAUAUGGCAUUAAAUAGAGAAAAGUAUUGAAAUUAAAUCAAAACUUAUUCUUUUACUAAAUAUUUGUUUGUGCUAGUGGGUUUAAUGCUUAUUAGAGUAUUAUGUCAUUAGCUUAUUAGCAACAUGCAAACUGCAAACUCAACUGAAUUGCUACCAGGGUUCCAAAUUGGUCACUUAUGAGGUGCUAUUACAGUUAGGAUGCUGCCUAUUUAGGCAGCUCACUAGGUUUUGGAACAGAGCUUGUGUUUUGUCAGUCAGAAACCUUUUUGGAGUCUGCAAGUGACAAUUCAUACUGUUAUGUCACUGUGUUUUGGAUACAGACUGAACAUUAUGAUCUGAAAAAAAGGUUCCAUAUGUUCAUAUAAAAUAGACCUGGCUUGUUUCUCAUCCUGUCAAACUGUAAAAAUACAGACUAUACCUAUUAGCAGGCUUAUUUUAAUCUAUCAAAAGGCAGAAUAAAGAAAUCUUACCUAAGAACCAACCAUCUAAAAUACACCAUAUAUGAUCACAGGGAUAUGUGGAGAUAGUAAAAUGCAUUCACUCUCAUCGACCUUUUAUUUACUGAAAAGAUUUGGGUUCAGUAUAUUUUAUACACAGAAAUAAAAGCAUUUGUGCAUCUAGCAAAGAUUCUUUUUUUAACAAACCAGUCAGUUUAUGAAACAACAGAAACUGUAACACUGUAAAUCCAAAACUGUUAGUUUAUGUCACCCAAUUACAUCAUUUUAAUCAUUUGCUUUUUUUUUUUUUUUGCAUCUCAGGUAUGAAUCAAGUGGGGUUUAUUUCUAAUAACGUACAGGUAGCUCAUACCAAUGUAUUUCUAUUUGCUUAAUCAUGCUGCAUUUAAAACAUCGUUAUAGUGUUUAUUUGAUGCUCUUACUUUUUUCAUGCCAGCAUGUGUAUAUAUGCGUUGCUUCACAUAUCUCCAAUUCACGUCACACAAGCUGUAUUUUGUUUUAACAUAUCCGCAUAAUAAAGCAAAGCUGUCCAGUUGCUGUAACGACCUGUUGCGAAAUUUAGAGCAGAAAAAGAUGCACACCAAUUUAGCUUGUAAUGUGUUACACUAAGAGGGCUGUUGUCAUAGUAAGGACACCCUACAUGUAGGUCAAGAUCAAAUAGUUUGCAGGAAACAGUGUUUUCAAAGUUUUUCACAUGACCUUGCUAGAUUUAGCACCUGCACCACAAUGUGCACUGUUCCAGAAACGUCUAUAGUUGAAUUGUAAAAAAUAAACCGACAAACGCUACUUAAAUUUCACCAUGUUCCUCUCACAUUGCAAAACAAUUCUGCGUGCCAGUGAAGCAGAUGUAGUGGGUAGCAUACUGUGCACUGGUAGAUCAAGUACCUGGUUUUUAAGCGAAUCGGCCUAUCUAGCUGUUGAAAUGAUAGUGGCUUCAGAACACGAAGGGUUUGUGCUUCUUGUAGCAAGCUGAAAUGAAAACGCCUCAUUUGGUUUCUUUUUGUUUUUCUUGUUUUUUUUUGUUUUUUGUUUUUUUUUAUGUGUUCCUUGGUGUAUUCAUUUGAUUCAAUUUUAAGCCUAAUUCACAUGUAUGGAAUGAAAUUGUUAAAUAAAUAAAUGCCAAAAUG